AUCCAUCAACACAAGCACCUCUCCUCUGUCGCCAGACGACCACACCAUCAUUGACCGUUUUAAUUUUUCAGUAAGCUGCCAGAGCUGCUGGCGUGUUUUGGGCAACAUUUUUUUUUUUUUUUGGGGGGGGGCAUGUCUCUGAGCUGCUUUUUUUCAGGAUGAUGAAUUCUCAAGAGCGUCAAGCGUUAACGGCAGCCGCCGUGCCUCUCUGAGUGGCUAAAUAUUUCACGGACACCGGCGGAGAGAAGAGACGGGAGGAGAGAGAUCUCCCCAGCAGCCGACGGGAGGGUGGAGGAGGGGGUCGCUGGCAGUGGAAAAAAAAAUAAAAAAUGGCUGCCAUGACAACAGUGCCCAGCUACGCUCCUUCGAUAUGGGUGAGGAUGUGUCACGCUCUGCCCCGGCUGGACUUCAGUAUGCAGAUGAGGGACAACAUCUUUGUCCCCGACAGCUGGGAGUACCAGCAGACUUUGCUGGUUUUGUCCAGUCUAUCAGCCAUCGCUCUUGUCAUCUCCCUCCUGGUGGUCCUCUCCUUCCUCAUACACUACUGCUGCUGUCGCCGUGGAGACCGGAGCGAGGGAUCCGAGGAGGAGGAGGAUGAAGACGGAAGCACGGGUCACGGUUACAGUGGGAAGAAGGGGAAGGGCAUCUGCUGCGUCACGUGGGUGGCUGUCGCCUCUGUCACGCUAUGCUGCGUUGCCAUAGGCAUUGGUUUCUAUGGCAACAGCGAGGCUAAUGAUGGGAUGUAUCAGUUGACCUCGUCUCUCCUCACAGCCAAUUACACGCUAGCUUCCAUCGAUCUGCUGAUUUCAGACACCAUCACCGGGCUACAGCUCGCCGUCUCCGGCCCUCUCGCCUCCAUGGAGGAGCUGUUCUCCGGCAGUAAGCCCUUCUUGGUGUCGACGCGGAACUGCCGGAGGUUGUCGGAGAACGUGAUCAACCUCCUGUCCUCCAUCUCCCUGGCUCGGCCCAGCGUAGAAGCGGGGCUGCUGGGGAACGACAGCGGCACCAGCGGGGCGUCCAUCACGCCGCUGACGCCUGUCCCGCCCUCGGUGGCUCCCACAGUGGUGCCUACCAGCAACUUACUGCCCAACCCCUUCUCUCCGGGCUGGGCGGCCAACACACUCAUGGUCAACGAGGACUACAGGUGGCUGUCGUACGUCUUCCUGCUGCUGCUCGACCUCAUCGUGUGUCUGUUCAUCCUGCUGGGCCUGGCCAAACAAGCCCGCUGGCUGCUCAUCCUGAUGACUGUGCUGGCAUGGCUGUCCCUCUUCCUGAGCUGGGGCUCCCUGGGUUUGGAGACAGCCACCGUGGUGGCUCUCAGCGACUUCUGCUCAGAUCCAAACGCCUUCGUCCUGAACUCCACCCAGUUCAACAUGGGCACCAGUUCAGAUGUGCUGGAUUACUACCUGACCUGCAGCAGGCGCAUGAACAGCCCAUUCCAGCAGCUGCUGACCCAGUCGCAGAGGGCUCUGUCCAACGUUCACUCACACCUCUCCAGUCUGGACAGGAACGCUCUCCCACAGUUUCCUAAAGCUGAGAAAUCCCUCAGGGAGGUCCAGCAGAUCCUCAACUCCACGGAGGGAAACUUCCACCAGCUGGUGGCGCUGCUCAACUGCCGCGGCCUCAAUAAGGACUACGUCGACUCCCUGAAAGGCCUGUGUUACGACGGGAUGGAGGGGCUGCUCUACCUGUCGCUCUACUCCUUCCUCUCGGCCUUGGCCUUCACCGCCAUCCUCUGCGCUCUGCCCGGAGCCUGGAGGAGCUUCCCCAGCGAAUCGGAGGACUACGACGACUCGGACAGCGAGAGUGAGGACCCCUUCACCUCCCAUCAGGCACGUAGACAGGCGUCCUCGGGGUCUCAGCGAGGGGCCGUGACCCCCUUCUAUAAUUACCCUGGGGCCGGGUGGACACCCCCCUUUUCUAGCGCCCCGCCCCUCCCGACUCCAAACGUUUCCUCCAAUGGCAACCCUGGCUAUGAGAGCCUACCCCUGACUGACAGGCAGUCCCCACCCCCCUCUUACUCUCCCAGCAUGCUGACUGGUUAUGGGGGAAAUCAAUCACACCCUAACCCGCCCCAUUCGAGGAACCUGUAUUCACGUUAAAAAAAAAAAGAAGUUAGAAAAUGUAUAGAAUAAAAGUUUAGUUUUCAUAUGAAUGGACACUUUAAUGAAAUGGAAAAAAGAAACUAAUCUAAAUAAAAUGAAUGCUAGAUGUGAAUUUAAAGUGUAACGACAGUACCACUGAAAUUAUUAAUAAAAGCACUUAAAGGAAACAGUUCUGAAAGGACUGCUAAUGUUACCAGUGAUGGUGCUGGUUUUGUGCAAAGCUAUGAAUCAAGGCCUCUGGUCUCCUUCCCUUUGUAUGUCCAAACUGUGCGUAAACUGUGAACAGUGACAAGGCAAGUCAGAAUGGUAUUGAUGCUACUGCGUUGUAGUUUUAUAUUCUUUCAUGUUUCUGUAUCACCAGGUUAUUUUCAUGUUUUUAUAUGAAUAUUGUGAAGAAAAACACUGGCACGUAGCAGACAACACAUUUUUAUUUUCUGUGAAUGGUCAUCGAGUUCCUUCACUUGGUAUAUUUUUUUUAUUAUUACUUUUUAUAGGU